GGCGGUGGUGGUCGUGGUGACAUCGUCGAGGCGACGCCGUCUCAAACAACGGCGUCGAGGGGCGAGCGAGAGGCGGCAUGAGGGGCCGAGCGGAGCGUGGCUCACAGCCGCGGGGUUAGAGGCGCAGGUGCCAGUCCACGUGGCCAAUGAGAGGCCCCGAUGAAGCGGAUGGGAGCUCCACCCGCCCCAAGACCUCCCCCCCUGCCCCCCCGCCCAGAUCCAGGUCCCUCGCUCCAGGCGCUGCAAUCAACCCGGAGCGACUGCGUCAGGCCAGGCAACUUGCCGAGCGAGCGAUCAAGGACAAGAAGAUCUUCGCGGUGCUGGGCCCGUACCCGGUGAUCCGCGCGUGCCUGCGCCGCCGCGGCUGGGUGGAGAUGCGGCUGUGGGCGCUGGCCGAGGGGGCGACGCCGCGGUCCGGCGCGUCGCGGCGAUCCCGCGCCAACGUCCGCCGCCGUCGUCGCAACGAUGGUGGCAGCGGAGGGGACGACGACGACGACGACGACGACGAUGACGACGACGGUGACGUCGGCGACGGCGACGACGACGGAGGCGAUGACGGUGGUGACGUCGUCGACGACGAGGAUGACGAGACCGGGAAGGAGAACUGUGAGCAGCACGGAGUGAGCCACGAGCUGCUGUCCCGGCUGGUGCGCAACGAGGUACCGUACCUGAUCUGGACGACGCGCUGCGGCUCCGUGGAUACGAAGCUGCUGCGCAAGGAGCAGAUGCUCAAUCACUUCGCCAGGGCCGGCUCCUUCACCACCAAGGUCGGUCUCUGUGUCAACAUGCGUAACCUCCCCUGGUUCGACUCGGCUAACCCCGACGUGUUCUUCCCUCGCUGCUACCGCCUGGGCGUCGCGGAGGAGAAGAUCGCGUUCAUCGAGGACUUCCGCUUGACAGCUGCCACCAGCCUCCUCAAGCUGGUGGUGGAGCGACACGGAGCGAUGGACGGGGUCGGGCGGCUGGAGGGCACGGGGGCCCAACGCGGAGGCCCCGGCGUGGAGGUGCCGCAAAGAGACCGCUGGCUGCUGGACCGAGCCAUGGCCGCGUGCGAGACGUUCCUCCGCUCGCAGGAGCACGAGGAUAUCGAUGGGACGGCCUCCCGGCCCGAGUCGCCCGACUGGGACGCCUUUCUGCAGCGGUACUACCGCUUCGUGCACGGUGGCGAGCGCCUGCGCGGAGUGGCGGAGCUGGCUCCACAGUGUCGUGAUCUCCUGGCGCGACUCCGCGCCGCCCGGCCUCAGCUCGACAUGGAGGGGACGCGCAACACCUGGGUGGUGAAACCGGGGGCGAUGUCGCGCGGCAGAGGCGUGCUGUGCAUGAACCGCCUGUGCGAGAUGCUGCGUCUGGUGGAGUGUGACACCGCCUUGGUGAAGGACGGCCGCUGGAUCGUGCAGAAGUACGUCGAGCGGCCGCUGCUCAUCCACGCCACCAAGUUCGACAUCCGGCAGUGGUUCCUGGUGACCGACUGGAACCCGCUCACUGUGUGGUUCUACCAGGACUGCUACCUGCGCUUCUCCACGCAGCCCUUCCAGCUGGACAACCUUGACACCUCCAUUCACCUGUGCAACAACUCCAUCCAGAAGCACUUUGAGAACGCGCAAGGCCGCUCGGCGCAGCUGCCCCGGGACAACAUUUGGCACGGCCGGCAGUUCGUGUCCUACCUCGAGUCGCUGGGCCUGGGCUUCGCCUGGGAGGGGGUCGUCGUGCCCGGCAUGAAGCAGGCCAUCAUCCAUGCGCUCCAGGCAGCGCAGGAUGUGGUGGAUGCCCGGCGGGGCAGCUUCGAGCUGUACGGCGCGGACUUCUUGCUGGGCGAGGACCAGCGGCCGUGGCUCCUCGAGAUCAACUCGAGUCCCACCAUGAGCCCCUCGACCCCGGUGACGGCCGAGCUGUGCGCGCGCGUGCAGGACGACCUCCUGCGCGUCGUGCUCGACCGCAGGGUCGACCGGUCGGCACACACGGGCGGCUUCUACCUCAUCCACAAGCAGCCUGCCGUGGAGGUGCCGCAGUACCUGGGCGUCAACCUCUCCGUGGAGGGAGAGAGGGUCAAGAGGUCGAGAGCGUCGCAGCCGCGGAUCGGCGUCCCCAUGUGCACGGGAGCGCCUCCCGACCGUGCGCCGCCCCACACCGCGCAUCCCCAGCGGCCGCCGUCUCCCCCCACUCCACCGGUCCGCCAACUCCACGGCGUCCAUCCGGCGCACGGCGCUCGCACUGCCGGUCCGCACUACCACCACCACCAGCACCACCACCAGCACCACCACCAGCACCACCACCCCACGCUCUCCGUCAAGAGCCCGAGCGGGCGCAGGCGGGCGGGCGACGCGCCCCGCUUGCUGCGGCGGAGCCACAGCCUCGUCGCGCCGGUCAAGAGGCAGCAGCGCAGGAGCCACAGCCGCAGCCCCGAGUCGGACGCAACCAUCGCCCGCCGAGCCGUCCAGCGGUUCGCUCACCGGGCCGCAUGCCUGGAAACGCGGGGGGGAGGAGAGAUCCCGGCGGCGCCGGUGGGGGCGACCAGGGAGGUGGUUGCCUGCGCGGUGGUGGCCGCGGCCGAGCUGCCGCAGGCCAGUGGGACGCCUGCCGGAGGGCACGUCGCUGCCGCGGUGACGGUGUCCAUGGGGAAGGGCGACAACGAUGGUGAUGACGGUGGCGCCGCGAGGGUUUGUGCCGCGUCUGGAGAGGCCAGGAGCGACGCGGAGUCACGUGGUGCGGCGGACGACCACCGCUCGCACUGCGCGGGGCUGUGGCGGCAAGACGCCGCUCCGGCGCAGGAGGGGGAUACGGAGCCGGGCGGCGCGGCGAGGGACAGCCGGCGCACGCUGUCGCCGUCGCCGCUAACACUCGACCCAGCGUCCUGCCCGGCGGUGGCCCGCGGGAGACGGGCGCCGCCAUGCCCAAGCCUCGCCCCCACGCCGAGGCCCCUGACACUGAGGCUGUGGCGCAGAGCUCAGCAGGGCGCAUCCUGGCGGGAGGUGAAGGACUCGAGCAGCGUGUGGAGGGACGUGAGCUUCCCGCCUCUGCGGCCCCCCCGCCCCCCGUCGGGGAUGUGCCCCCCGCUCCGCUGCGCGUUGCCCCCCGUGGUGCUGCAGGGAAUCGUUCGGCUGUCGGGGGCGGCCGUCCAGGGCUCACUGCCGCCACCCUCCAUAAGAGCCAAUCGGAGGGCCUUCUACUAGGGCAGCGUGGUGAGGCUGCCAGUGUCGGUGGCGAUGAUGUUGCCGUUGUCGUGAAUAUCGUCGUCCGGCGAUACUCAUCAUCACGAUCCAUUAAUGAUGAUCGUGAGCGUCUUGCAACCCUCGUUGUCAUCGUCUUUGUCAUUGCUCAUUAACAAAAAUCAUCACUAUCAUUCUGCAACAUUCAUCAUCACCGUCAUCAUUCCACAGUACUAUGCAUUAAUCACCGAUGAAUGUUAAUCGUUAUUAAAAAUAAUCUUCAUCGUCAUCAUUGUUCAUUAGUCGUCGUACAGAAAAAACAAAUAUUACCAUCAUCCAAUAAUGAUGGUCAUCGAGGAAAAUGCAUUAUUGUCAUUAUCAUCGUUGUCAUCCAUUCAUGAUUACAAUAAUUGAGCAACAGUCUUUAUCAUCAUCAUCAUUGUGAUCAUCAGCAAAUAAUCACCCAGUAUUGUCGUUAUCAUCUUUCAGCAAUCAUAAUCGUCAUUUUAUGAGCACCAUCAUAUUGCUGUAAUAAUUGUAAUCCAAAACUACUCACCCAUUGUCAACAUCAUUCUAGAGGAAUGAUCAUUAUCUUCCAACAAUGAUGAUAUACAUCAUCAUCCAUAUUAACCACCCACACACGUUAUGCCAUACUAAUCAUUGAUCAUCAAUAUUCACUCAGCAUGAUCAUCUUGUCAUGAUAUAUGUUCAUUAUAGUCAGCAACAAUACAAAUCAAAAUUCAUCAUCAUCCAAUAACAAUCGCUCAUCAUCAAUCAACAAUCUGUGGUGCUACUAUUUAAUCACUUGACUCACACUGAGCAUGGGAGUUCAAUCCCAGUAGAGAGGUCAACUCACCCUCUCAUACCUCCAAUGUCAGUAAAACAACUACCAGUUUGUGAGAAGUCAACGGCCGUUAUGCUAAAGAGUAACUCAUCCCCUGCCAUAGGAAUGUGGAAUUUCCACCACAAGCUCAGGGCUGUAACCUGAUGAGUAUUUCUUCAUGCGUAAACCUAACGCGAAACCACUUUGUCUUUUUAGAUCAUCCAUCAUCAUCAUGGUCAUCAUCAUCUUGACCAUUAUCAUAAUCCAUGAUCAUCAUCAUCUUCAUCGUCACCAUCAUGGUCAUUAUCAUCACGGACUUCAUCAAUCAUUAGCCAAGCUGUGGUAGCUAUGCAAGCCUGUAAUCAAGCAUUUUGGAGGUGAGGGGUUGGUGGAUCAUACAACUCCCUUCCCGUGGGCAUCGAGGUGCUAUACCCUGGCUUGCCAGGAGAAUGCAGUACAGCAUAUUUGUGAGUCCGCUUAUUCCGUCCGUAUGGGAUAGAGCGUUUCCCCCUAGCAUGCGUGAGUUUUCUCCGGGCGCUCUUGAUUUCCUCCCACACAUGUAAACACUCGUUAAUUGGUUGAUAACAACCUUGGUACAUAGAGGACCUCAGAGUUUGGGACAUUGUUUGCACCGGCUCAUCGCGUGGCUGCCUUCCUGCUGUGUCUGUGGUUCCUUGCGCCUCUGAGCCGUUGUGCAGUGUGUUACAAGUCGAAUGUAUUGUUAUUAUCGUCAAGCGUUUGAGCGUGGGGUGCACAUUUGUGUUUAUGUAUGUGGUGGCGUGUAUGUUAUGCAAUAUGUGGCCACGUUUUAUAUUAAAUAUAUAUUUGAGUUGUCAAA